ACACGUCUGAAUAAAUCUGUAUGGAAAAAAAGUUUGCUAUGCUGAACUAACUUAGAGCCUCUAACUUAAGUGAAAGUACGUAAGUACAACAUCAAACGAAAAUGCAUUCGACAUUACUUACAGAUGAAAGAAAGAAACAACAUUCAUACUGUAAAAAGCUGUGUCUUCCACUUCUCUUUACAUUUCUGUUUUUUUGCUUGCUUACUUGGGUUGGUUAUGUAUACACAAAGUCAGAAAAGACAUUGAACGAAAGUUUGGAGAAAAUAAACACAGAGAGAGAUCGCAUACAGAGCUUGAUCAAGGAGACUUCUUCGUAUAUGACAUUGUUGAACAAGGUGAAGAAACAUGCAUUAUCGUAUGCAAACUUAUUGGAGAAUUACGCACAGAAACUGAAGGCACUGGAACAACAAAAAUGGGAUUCAACGAACAAGGGAAUCGUUGCUUUAACUUUAUGUGGAAAAAAUAAUCAAUCCGUGAAGACCAAAGGAGGUCGUCCAAUUUUGAACUGGAGACUCGUGUUUAAUACUAGCCACAUUAAUUUUAUCAAAGAUUCUAUCGUCAUCAGCACACCCGGAAUUUAUUUGGUUUAUGCUCAGAUGUCCUUCUUUCACAAUAAGGGCACAUUUAAAAGAAGUAUAAUGGACUUUUACAUUUGCAAAAAUCGUCGGGACAGGUUGGUUCUAGCAUCUGUACCAGUGACCACCUGUCCAGAAGUUUGCACGCGUUCUAUAUCAAGUGUCGUGAAGCUUCAGAAGGGCGAUCAUCUUACUGUUGCAUCUUAUGGUGACAAUAUUCAGUUCAAAAUGUCACCAGAGAAAUGCCAGUUCAGUGUUCUUUUGUUGCAACGUGGCAGCUAUUAUUAGAAGUCAAGGCCACUUGCACACAAGGAGGUGUUUAGCUACACGAAACAUAGCUAACAUUGUAAUAUAAAAUGCUGACUUUGCAGAAGCAGUAAUAGAAUGAAGAAACUGCAAUAUGAGAAGUUUUUAGAAAAGUUUAACUUCCUUAAUCGUUUUUUUAGAAAAUACAUAAGUACAGUAAAAGCUUCAUUCACGUGUGCCGAAAUAUUCAUAUAUUAACUUCACGAAACUUCUGGACGCGAAAUUAUGUUCAGGAGGUCUUCUGUUGUUGUACACGAUAAAAUUUGCUUAAGAAAAAACGUCGUUCAUAAUACACAAAAAAAUCCGUAAGAACAGCUAAUUAUUAUGUUUUGUUUACCUUUACAGAACCGCUAUAUUUAAAACGAAAACAGAAAUUAAUCGAAACGAUUGUUAAAUAAGGACGCAAAUUCUUUCUACUUCCAUUCUGUAAAAACACCCUUUUUUUGUGCAUAUUGUAACAUAUUCGGGACAAGGAAUUAUGUAAAUAAUCAUGUAAAAUAAAAAUUAUAUAGUAAAAAAUCAUUUGAUUAUGUUAUAUGCACUGCACUACAAUUAAUUUUUUGACUCAACAUAGCUCGAAUGUGUUUUUAAACUGUAUUUAUUUAAAUAAUUUCCGCAAAAUAAAGUUGUUUAGUGCC